AUGGCGCCACCAAGGCACCUUCCAGGGUCGGUGGCGCCUCCAGAGGCCAUCCCACGAAAGGUGGCGCACACAGGGGAUUUCCCAGGGGCAGUGGUGCUCCCAGGGGCCCUCUCAAAGGCGGCAGUGCUCCUAGGGGUCCUCCCAGGGGCAUCUGCAACCCCAGGAGCCCUACAAGGAGCAUGUAGCGCCCCCAGGGGCCCUCCCAGUGGCAGCGGUGCCCCCAGGGUGCCUCCCAUGGGCAGUUGCGCCACAAGGUUCCCUCCAAGGGGCUGUGGCGCCCCUAGGGGCCCUGCCAGGUGCCUUGGAGCCCACAAGGAACCUUCCAGGGGCGGUGGAACUCCCAGGGGCCCUCUCAAGGUCGGUGGCGCCCACAGAGGAUUUCCUAGGGGACCUCCCAAUUGCGGCGGUGCUCCCAGGGGACCUCCCAGGGGCAGUGGCACCCCCAAGGGAUCUCACAGGAUGCCAUCCCCCGGGCAUCGAUAUCACCAGGGGCCCUCCCAGGAAAGAGUUCUAAACAGUGCAAGAACAACUGCCCCCAAGGGACCUCCAAGGGGCAUUGGCGCCAACAAGGCCCCUUCCAGGAGCGGUGGCGCCCUCAUGGGUCCUCCUUUAGGGGUGGAAGCACCCCCAGGGGCCCUCCCGGAGAUGGCGACCCUAGGGGCCAUCCCAGGGGAGCUGGCGCCCACAGGGGACUUCCAAGGGCCGGUGGCGCCCCCAGGGGCCCUUUCAUGGGUGGCGGUGCCCCUAGCGACCCUCCCAGGGGCAUCUGCAACCCCAGGGGCCCUAUCAGGGACAAAUAGCGCCCCCAGAGGCCCUCCCACUGGCAGCGGUGCCCCCAGGGUACCUCCCAUAGACAGCUGCGCCCCAAAGUUCUCUCCAAGGGGCUGUGGCCCCCCCCCAGGGGCCCUGCCAGGUGAGUUGGCGCCCACAAGCGACCUUCCAAGGGCGGUGACGCCCUCAAGGGCUCUUCCAGGAGUUGUGACACCCCCAGUGGCCCUCCCAGGGGCGGUGGCGCCCACAGGGGAUUUCCUAGAGGCCCUCCCUUUGGCGACAGUGCUCCCAGGGGACCUCCCAGGGGCAGUGGCACCCCCAGGGGAUCUUCCAGGGGCCAUCCCCCGUGAUGCCGCAUCCCCAUAG